UACACCACUCCAUUUCCCACUUCACAUGUUGGGAUUUUUUUCUAGGUUUUUCCUUCCUCUCGUUUCCCCCAAAAUCAAUGGCCUCUUCCUCGUCGGCGCCGCCGCCCUCCGUCACCAUUCCGUCCUUGAAAUCCACUGCCGUCGAAGCCUCAUCUUCAUCUGCACCACCGCAAUCCGCCGUCAAUGCGGCUUCAUCAUCAGCAGCACCGCCGCCAGUGAACAUUCCGACCUUGAAAUCCACCGCCGGCGAAGCCUCAUUAUCAUCAGUUCCACCGCAGGGGAAAAUACUGACACUGAAAUCCUCAGAAGAAGACGAAUUCCAAGUUGAAGAAUCCAUCGCUAUUCAAUCUGGUACAAUCAAAAACAUGGUGGAAGCUGGAUACACAGUUAUCCCACUCUUAAACGUAGAAUCCAAAUCCCUAAUCAAAAUCCUGGACUACAUGAUCCAUCACGCAGCUGAAAAAGAUGCUACUAACAAACAACAACUCGAAGAAUUCGACAAGGAAUUCGUGAAAAUUAGCUUCAAAAUGAUGUCGCAACUUGUAUUUGCUGCGAACUACCUUCACAUUCCAGGGUUAAUGUCUCUGUUGUGCCAGACAAUUGCUGAUAAGAUUAAGAACAAAUCGAUCAAAGUUGUUAGGAGGAUUUUCAAUAUUACUAAUGAUUAUACGUCAGAGGAAGAAGCCGAGGCGCGUCGUGAACAUGAGUGGGCACAUAAUGGAGAGUUUGAUGAUACUGUUGAUGAUCUCAUCAUACCAAAUGAGGAAGAGAGUGAUGAUGAGGAUGAUGAGGAUGAGGACGACGAUGGCACGCCAGAGGAAGGAGAAGAAAAAGAGGUUCGUGGUGUAAAUGUGGGAGAGAUUGAAGAAAUUAAUGAGUAAUUAGUUUGUUUUUAUGUUUUAUGAGCUUUUCAAUUAAUGGGUAAUUAGGGGGUUCAGUUAAGUAUUUGGAAAUUUGGAAGAUUAGUAUAGAUUGACUCGUCAUGGAUUUUUGAGGUUUAUGGUUGUAUAUAUUUUGCGGAAUGCAGGUAGUUGUUAUGGAGUCUAUGGAACUUAAUAUUCGUACUGAUUAAUAUAUGGAUGAGUUUUGGGGCUUA